GAACAGUGACAUAUAAUCUAAUUUUUAAGAAAUGGACCAUGACAUGUAUUCUUGGAAGUGAAAUCAAAUGGGUUAACAUUGGUUCUGAGAUCUAGCCCUUAGAUCCUAUCAUUGGUUCUCCCAUUUAUAAACAAAGUAUGGGGAUUUAAGAGUCAGGGCAGAUUCAGAAAUUUUUAUGUUCAGUUUCCUAUUUAUACAAUUGAACUAAUUUAACAAAUAACAAGCUACCCAACUAGUACAAGUUGUAACAAACAAACUCACUGAGUAUUUUUUAUGUUCAGAAAAAAUAUGCAUUCAGUAUCUAUAGUGGUCAACAAAUAUCUUUCAAUAUAUUCUACUAGAUAAUGAUUUGCGGACUGAUCACCUAUUCGAUUUCCAAACUUAUUCUUAAUCAUACAAAUUACAUCUACUAAUGUACAUUAAAAAAUUCACUUUGUCUUCACCAUCAUAUGAGCAAAUUCAUCAAGGUCUUUUAAUUAGGGAACUUUCUAUCACUCUUGACACAAUGGUAAUAAGUAAUAAGUAAUAACUCCCAAAGGCCUGGACGACCAGACUGUAGAAGGAUGAGAGCCAUUAGGGAUGAAUCAACGAACUGGAGACGAGCCCGGUUUUGAUUUUCCCUUUUGCGUGGGCCUGGCCCAGAUAAACUAAUAAACGCCCACGUAGCGAGGCCCAAGUCCUCUACUUUCCAUCCACAAGAUCGACGCAACAGAUAUUUCGCCUGAGAUUUCUGUUUCCUCCUCGCCGGCGUAUCAACUUGCCGCGCAUCGUAUUUUCCAAGGGAUUUCUGGAGGGCGUGAAGCUCAGCCUGUACAUCGGUGUUCCACUCUUUCUUAUGAGCUUCGCUGCUGACACCAAGUUCAUGAAGAAAUUAACCGGCAAGGUAAUACUUCACUCUCCUAAUUCUUCCCUUCCCUUUCCCGGAUCGUUUUGGUUUGAAAAUGUUUCGACUCCUGAAAUUCAAUUAGGGCUUUUUCGUUGUUGUUCUUCUUCUUCGCUUAGUUCGAUUGAUACGAUGAAAAGCUCAGUCCGAAAGUCUUUAUGUUCCAGAAUUAGGGUUUUUGGAUAGGAAAUCAAUCAGCUGAAUGAAGGGCCAUAGUUCAGAUGAAUUUCUGGAGUCAUCUAUAGCUAGGUCAAUGGAAAAACUUGCUGCCCUGUGUUCUGAUGGAUCAAUAUCAGUAGGGAAAACAACAGCUGUUAACAGAAUCUGAAUUAGAGUUUAGAACUCCGCUGGUCACGAAUUGUCCGAACCUCUUGGAGAGGAUGGUAUCAAUCGUUGCAAAUGGGAGCAAAAAAGAUGGAAAUUUGGUUGAUAUUUUGCCUGAUUGGGGAAGCUUGUAUAAGCAUAUUAAGUUGUGGAAAUCGUCCUUUGGUUAGUGUGUCACUCUGUUUACCUUGUGUGUUGAUUUUCUGAUCGACAAAGUAUGGAUUAUCAAUUGAAUCGUGCAUUUGUUUACUUCUUCUUCUGUGUUUAGGAAAUGCAGUGAGAUUACAUAGUGCAUUCGCCAGAGGCAGAGAGGCCUCAAUCCUCAGAGGAACUCAGAGAAAUGGCCAGACAAUUGGCUCGAGACUGGAAAGUUCAGUGAUGCUGCUGGCAUGCUGUAAGUUUGCUGUUGUAGUUUCUUCCCAAGGAGGAACAGUACGAUUGCAGUAGUAUGGGGAUAUUAAAGGUUGUCGGGUUUUGCUUCCCGAAAUGGAAUACGAAUACUUUUACGUUCUUCAGCUGUGUAUUGUAGCUGCUUGCUAUAUUAUGCUUGUUCAUAGAUAGAAGGAACAAUGCUGGCUGGCUAGUCUGUGUUGUAGAUUACUAGGAUUGAUUCGAUAUGAUAUGCAUGUCUAAACUCGCAGAGAUUUUAGCAAACAUACUGCAGUAAAAAAAUUCGUGUAAUCCGCUAACGAAAAGACAGUGCAGCCAGUGGUAGCCACAUUUGAUGCCUGCAGGAAAGCAGAAAAAUGGUAUGUAUUAUGAUUGAUUAGCUCAGGAAGGAGGAGCAGCGCUGCUCCUCGCCCUCCGGUACAUUGUGAAUGAUAUGGUAGGAAAGAAAUCCUCUCCGUCGAAACAUUACAAUAACAAAGAAGUAGAGAAUGAGCUAUAUGUUUGGCCGGCGACAGAAAUAGAAAUUGCCGGCAGCAAAGCGACGAGGCUCUGAAGUGCUAAGAUGAACUAUAGAAGGUUUUGUGUAAAUUGAAUUACACUUUCCAACUUAGGCUACACAUGGUUUUGGUAGUCGUCCACUUUCAAUAAGAAUUCAGGAUUCAGUUUUUGGGAAUUCUGAUUGCACCGUAUAGGAACGAACUUCGUUCCAGAGUCAUAUAACUCACAUGAACAGAAUUAGGCCGGUUUCCAUCAGGGACGGGCCGGUUUGCUGCUUAAAUUAUUGCAUUCAUUCUGAUAAGUGCAAGGAACAAAACUUUAUAUAUGAAAGAAAAAGGCUUCCACUUGCAGACUUGGUCAGGGAAAGCGAGACUAUUGCAGUUGGAAAUUUCGUGGAAGUGUUUGGCCAAUGUCGGCUACUCCUUUCCUUAUCUCUGCGCGCAGAGCUUGGAUAUGCAUUAAGAGGAAACGCCGCGUUUUCUCUUCCAAGAAAGAUGUUUUGGCGGUAAGAAAUAACGCAUUUUUCAACGGGCGUGUUAACUUCCUGCCCCGCUGGAGCCUUUUCUUGGAGUGUGGUUGUGCUUGACUUGUUAAGUCAAUGCAGACGACCCAGCUCUUCUUCAUCCUCUCGCUUUCCCGGCAACCAAACACCAGAAAGGAAACGCAGAGGUACUUUCUCUGCUACCCGCUUAGUUCAGUUUCUUAUUCUGUUCUCGUAAUUUCCUCUGUCAUUUACAUCUGAAACAGUUGACCCAACCCAACCCAACCCAACCCAACCAACUUGUUGAAGCUUUGAUUCCAGUUUCUGGGUUCUGCAUGACAUAUGUCAAAUUUCAGUUUGCAGGGUAAUUGAAGCUUCCGAAUUCAAAUUCAGCUCACGGGUUUGUCUUCUUUUUCCCUUUUAGCCCUUUUUACAGGGCUGCUAUUGAUCGGCCGUUGAUGCAGUCAUUGUCAGACAUUUCAAGAGGAAAUAGCAUCUGUGGCAAUGGCGAUGGAGUUCAUACCCAUAGGGACAAUCUUAGCUCUAGUGACGAACCAGGUCGUCAAAACAGCACAAGCAGCAAAGGACAUACUAAUCGAAAAGGAAAGCUUCAAAGUUCUGUCCCAACACCUCUUCGACAUUGAACCUGUGUUGAAGGAGCUCCAGCUUCAAAAGCUCAACGAUUCGCAAGCUGCCAGGUCAGCCCUCGAAACCCUCCAGUCCGAUGUCAAGAAAGCCAGUAACUUGGUGGACAAGUACAAGAACAGAGCCCGGUUCUACUUGCUUCUCAGGUGCAGGCACAUUGUGAACGAGGUGCAACAGGUGACUAGAGAUAUUGGCAGGUCUCUAGCUGCAAUCUCCCUCGCAAACACAGAAGUUCUUGCUGGGAUAUCCAACCAAGUGCAUAAACUGCAGAACGAGAUGCAAAGGGUCCAACUCGAAGCGUCUCAUUCUCAGCUUCAAAUCGUUGACAAGCUAAACCAAGGCCUUAUAGAUCAGAAGCUCAAUCAAGGUUUUGCCAACGAUAUGCUGGAGGAAAUUGCAAGGGCAGUUGGGGUUCCCGUGGAGCCCUCACAGAUAAGUAGAGAGUUGAGAAGCUUCAAAAGGGAGAAGGAGGAAGCUGCAAACCGGAAAGAGAAGGCUGAGGAGCUUUUUUUGGAGCAAGUCAUUGAGCUUCUCUCGAGAGCUGAUGCUGCUAGGGACUAUGAAGAAGUUGAGAAGCAGUAUUACCAAAGGCUUCAAGUAGUCGAGAGGUAUAACCCCAGGGAAGAAUACAUUACUCCACUGAAUGCUUUCCUUUGUAAGAUUACUAGGACUGUGAUGAUCGAUCCUGUUAGCCUUUGCACUGGUACGACCUGUGAGAGAGCUGCUGUGGAGGCUUGGUUCGACUGUGGAGAAAUCACUGACCCUGAAACAGGUGAGGUUCUUGAAGAUAGGACGUUGAGGCCUAAUCUUCCACUGAGACAGUCAAUAGAGGAGUGGAGAGAACUUAAUUAUUGCCUAAGGAUUAGAGCUUGCAAUGCUAAACUGUUGUCAGGAGAUGGUUUACUGAUAGAGCAAGGAUUAAGCCAUAUGCAAAAUCUGUUGAGAGAAAACUCUAUUAACAAGGAUUGGAUCUCCAUAGGAGGGCUGACCGACGAUGUAAUACAAAUACUUGGUCACUUCCACAGUGAGGAUGUGAAGAGGAAGAUUUUAGUUGCUUUGAAGGACAUUGUAGAGGGGCACUGUCGGAAUAAGGAAAAGGUGGCAAACAGUGAGGGAUGGGAUCAAAUUCUUUCGUGCUUAGCAGGUGUUGAGAGCAUCUCAAAGGCUGCUGUGGAGUUACUCUUUGAGUUGUUGCAGGAUAGGUCUGGUUGGAAUAUCUGUGCUUUGAGGAAACUUUCUGAGCAGGGCAGCUCAAUUCCUUCACUUGUCUCCCUAUUGAAUGGUAUAGAUCAAGAUUCAGCUGUUUGUGCAGACAAAAUAUUGAACCAGCUUUUCGAAAUCGAUGAGGAAAAUCUUCUUCAUGCUGCAAAAGCUGGCUGGUAUAAACCACUAGUGGACCAAAUAGUACAAGGGCCAGAAUCGCUAAGGGUUUCAAUGCUGAAGCCUCUUGUUAGUAUGGAAAUAGUAGAUUCAGAUCUUGAAAUCCUUGGAAGAGAAGGAAUAGUUCCUCCGUUGCUUGAAAUGGUAGCAUCUGGCAACAUUGAAUCAAAAGAUGUAUCCUUGACUGCACUAGUCAAACUAUCUGCCUGUCAUGCUAAUAGACAACUCAUUGCUGCUGCUGAUGGGAUUCCUCUCAUUAUCAAACAAAUAUUUUCCCAGCAGAGGCGGACCUUCCUCACCGGAAAAUGUUGUGAAAUCCUUGAAAGUCUGUCUUCCAAUGGUGAUGGACUUGGUUUCUUUGUGAAUCAGGAUGGAGAUGAAGUUGAUCUAGAACCAACCAUCACCUACUUGUUAACUUUCCAUAUCCCAAAUCCAUCCAUUAACAUCAGAAAGCCUGCUUUACGUGCACUUCUAGCUAUAUGCCAGUUGGAUGCUAGCUUGGUGAAGGCUGCUGUUCUCACUUCCAAAGGCCUGUCUAUAGUUCUCCCUCUUCUUGAUGAAGCAGACUCAGAGAUUCGGGAAUUGGCCAUCCAAAUUCUCUUUCUAUUCUCCCACCAUGGACCAGAAGGCCUAGUUGAGUACCUUCUCAAGCCUAAAAGGCUUGAAUGUCUAGUGGGUUUUCUAGAGAAAGACCAUAAACCUGAUGUUCAAAUGGCUGCUGCUGGUCUAUUAGCGAACCUUCCAAAAUCCGAGGUGGGCUUGACAAAGAAGCUGGUUGAGCUGGAGGGAAUCAAUGCACUGAUCAACAUAUUGAGGGGAGAAAAUACAACAAUGGACGCAAAAGAGAAUGCUCUGAGUGCCCUUUUCAGGUUCACUGAUCCCACAAACAUCAAGUCACAACGACUCGUGGUCGAACAAGGAGCCUACGUACUGCUCAUUAACUUGCUUACAACUGGUUCAGUGACUGCUAAAGCAAGAGCAGCUGCACUCAUUGGCGAUCUAUCCACAAGCACUCCAAAGCUUGUUGUGGUUUUCCCCAAAUCACCCUUCUGCUGCUGCCCCUGCUUCGUCCGAAGGCGCCCUAAUCUCUGCCCGUGUCACGGAGGAAUCUGCAGCGUGAAGACCACAUUCUGUCUCGUCGAAGCAAAUGCAUUGCCAGAAUUGGUGCAGUUGUUGAAGUCACAGGUUCAUGUGAUGGCUCUCGAAGCGGUUCAGGCACUGUCCACGUUGGUUCAACCAGGAUGCCCGAACCGAGGUGCCAUUGUGUUGCACGAUGCUGAUGCUGUGAAGCCUGUGUUGGAGAUUCUGAACUGGGGGAGUGAUUUGCUGAAGGAGGAAGCACUGGGGUUUCUGGAGAAGGUUUUCGUGUCGAGGGAGAUGGUGGAACAUUAUGGUUCGGUGACUAGGUUGAUGCUUGAUAGUUUUGUUGGUCGGAGUAUUCAUGAGAAUGGUCGGUUGGGGAGGAAGGCUGCUACCGUUUUGGCACGUCUUGAACGGUCUUCGAGAAUGUCUUCUUCACUUUUGCCUGGAUUGUUCGGGUCAGGAGCUUUAUAAUGGCUAGAUUGCAAGGAUAUGCUAACAAAUUCUCUACAGUGUACUGUUAUUAUUAUUGGUUAGUAUGUACUGUAAACUUGUAUAGGCAUAGUUUGUACAUAUGCUUCUGUCUGGCAAGGGACAACACACGACAACAGAAGUUUAAAUGGGUUUAAGAUGGCCUUGUGCUUAGGGCUGUAAAUGAGCCGAAUUGCUCGUGAGUGGUUCGGCGUUCGACUCGAGAAAACCUCGUUCGAAACUCGACUUGUUAAUAAACGAGUCGAACAUGAGCUAAACUUUGUUCAGCUCGUGAAGCUCGCGAGCUAGGUUGACUCGGCGGCUUGUUGAGUUAAACUCAAAGUUUAACAAGUUGAGUAUGUGAGCAAAUAUAUCUUAUUUUCUAUUUUAAAAAGAAAUUAUGUAUCAUAAAUUGCUUCGAUACUAUGAAAUAAUAUGAUUUGGAGUAGUUAAAAGUUAUUAACUAAUAUAUGAUACCAACAAAGUAUAAUAUGAGAUUACCUAACAAAAUAAAUAAUAUGUAUCAUAAUAUAAAAAAUGAAGUACCAAAUAAAAGUCAAGAUUUUAGUAAACAAGUUAACUCGAGCUCGAGCUCGACUCGUUAAUAAACGAGUCGAUUGGGGUAAAACUCGACUCGAUUCAUUUGCAGCCCUGCUUUUUAUUUUAUUUUAUAAAAGAUAAUAAUAUAUAUUGAUGAAACGAGAGAUAAUUGCAACCUGGAAUUCAACCAGGAUAGAAAAUCAAAAGAUCGACUUGUAGUCGUGUACAAUGAAAGAGCUUUUUUAGUCACCAUAUGGGUUACCCUAUUGUUACGACGUCCUACAAACCGUACACUAAGUCCCUGAUAAAGAGCGAAGUAAUGCUGGACCUCCUCAAGAAUUGCGCCCACCCUACUAUCCCAGGUACUUGAUUGAUUGAUCUUGUCAAUGAUCAUCUUAGCAUCACCUUCAAAGCAAAUCCCCGGAAAACCCCUACUUAAACACCAAAGAAUAGCCUCAUGGAGAACAAGCAGCUCCACCAUCAUGAGAUCAUCCAUAGUCGGGAACUGAACCCCGCCAGCCAAGAUAACAUUCCCUGCCAUUUCCCGGAUAACCAUCCCACCAGCGGAGUGGGAACCAUGCCUUGUCGCCCCAUCCCAUUGGCAAACCAGUCUAGACGGAUGGUCCGAGGGUAGCGGUUGGGGGAAAGGAGGGUGACACAGGGCCACUCGGUCAAGAGGCAAGUAACCCACUCCUGGUAUUGUUGGUGAAAUUGGCGCAAGAGAGCUGAGAUCCCAAACUGCUUGCCUUCAAAGACAACCCGGUUGCGUGAUCGCCAGAUUCUCCAAAGGAGCAUAAUAACUACCAGAAAGAGAUGAAGUUGAUCUAAGAGAAGCAUCAACUUCUUUAGGAACAUAGGAAAGUGUGACGGGCAACCCCUGCCCCCAGAUGAUCCAGACCCGAAUGAUCCCACAAGGCCCUAGCCACUGGGCAAUCAAGGAACAAAUGUUCCAUUGUUUCCGACUCAGCUCAGCAAACCGGACACCGGGGAAGCACAAUGACCUUCUUUUCAAUGAGUGCCUCUGUGGUUGGGAGGAUCCGAUUAAAAAUCUGUCAAACAAACACUUUCAACUUGGGAGGAAUGUUGGCAGACCAUAAAUGGAUCCAGCUGGCUCUAUUCAUCCAACUAGACAUAGAUUUCCAACGCCCACCCCGCUGAUCCAACAAGAGAGCAAAGUGGUAGGCCGAUUUAACAGAGAAGACCCCGCCAGACGUGCCAUGCCAUAUCAACUUAUCUUCCAUCGAAAACUGAGGAAGAGAAAUCAUCUUGAUUGCUCGGAAGGUCGCCGGGUCAAACCAUUGAUUAAGUUUAGAAUCACACCAGCGACCCUCGCCUUGGCAAAUAAUCUCAGCCACCUUGAGCUCCUCGUGAGCGAGCACCUGGGGGUUAUAAACCAAAGGAGAAGGGUGCAACCUAGGAAUCCAGGUAGAAUCAAGCAAUGGAGCUGUU